GAGAAGCUGUGGCGAGCCUUCGAGAACCCGCACACCUCCACCAUGGCGCUCGUCUUCUACUACGUCACCGGGUUCUUCAUCGCCGUGUCGGUAAUGGCCAACGUGGCGGAGACGGUGCCGUGUGCCAGCGCGCACAGUCGCCUGAAGGAUGUGUCGUGUGGCGAGCGUUACGCGCUGGCCUUCUUCUGUUUGGACACGGCGUGCGUCUUGAUCUUCACGAUGGAAUAUCUGCUGCGCCUCCUGGUGGCUCCGAGCCGCUACGACUUCGUGAAGAGCGUGAUGAGCGUUAUAGACGUGGUGGCCAUCAUGCCGUACUACAUCGGACUCGUGAUUACGGACAACGAGGACGUGAGCGGGGCCUUCGUCACGCUCAGAGUCUUCCGGGUGUUUCGGAUCUUCAAGUUCUCGCGGCACUCGGCCGGGCUGCGGAUCCUCGGCUACACGCUGAAGAGCUGCGCCUCGGAGCUGGGCUUCCUGCUGUUCUCGCUCACCAUGGCCAUCAUCAUCUUCGCCACCAUCAUGUUCUACGCCGAGAAGGGAUCGAGCGCCAGCAAGUUCACGAGCAUCCCCGCUGCCUUCUGGUACACCAUCGUCACCAUGACCACGCUGGGGUAUGGAGACAUGGUCCCGAAGACGAUCAUGGGGAAGAUCUUCGGCUCGGUCUGCUCUCUGAGCGGCGUCCUCGUCAUCGCUCUGCCCGUUCCUGUCAUCGUGUCCAACUUCAGCCGGAUCUACCACCAGAGCCAGAGAUCUGACAAGAGGAAGGCUCAGAAGGCGUCUAAGGAAGCCGGUCAGGCUCUGGUCAUUAAGACAAACCCACAGUUUGAUCUUCAUCACAACCACCUGCUGCACUGCCUGGAGAAGACCACGAAUCACGAGUUUGUGGACGAGAAGUCGUACGAUGGCGUCUGUAACGAUGUGACUCUGGUGAAGCAGAUUUCCCGCUCUUCUUCCUCUUCCUCCUCCUCCUCUUCCUCGCCACACGGCUUCACAUCCUGUUGCGCCCGCAAGAAGAAGAAGAGCUUCAAGGUGCCCAACUCCAACAUGGCCGACGGCCUGCAGGAGCUCAGCACCAUCCAGGUGAAGGAGCGGCCGUACACCAACAGCCGCUCCAGCCGCUCCAGUCUGAACGCUAAGUUCGAGGAGACGCUUCCUCUGAACUGUGAGGCGAGGAACAUCAAACCUCCGUCUCCGCCGACACGCAACCACGACUCCUGCAACAUCGUGAGGGUGUCUGCGCUCUAAACAACAACAUCUGAAACAGGGAACACAGCGCCCCCUGCUGGAGGAGGAGGGCACAGCGUUCAUGACGCCAUGCUGG